CCAUGGUCACUAAUAACAACAUGAACACAUCAACAACCUUAUACUUGUACAUUCUUGUUUCCCUCUUUAUUAUCCUCUUCCUCUCUCCCUCCUCUCUAGCUUCUCUCCCUUCCUCCCCAAAUACCACUUGUCAAAUUACACCUUACCCAUCAUUUUGCACAACCACUUUGCCUUCUAAUUAUUUAUCCAUUCAUGACCAAUGCAAUUUCUUCCUUCAACAAUCCUUAUCAAUAACUAACACAAUUUUUCAAUUAAUCUCUUCUUAUCUUAAAAACCACUUCACCAUCAUUCCAUAUCCCACAUUACUUGUACUUGAGGAUUGUCUUAAUCUUGCUGAAUUAAACACUGGUUUCUUAUCCAAUGUAAUCCAAGCCAUAGAAACCACUAUAAGUAAUAAUCAAGUUUAUGAUUUGCAAACCUUGCUUAGUGCUGUUUUAACCAAUCAUCAAACAUGUUUAGAUGGUUUUCAUGAUUUAAAUCCUUAUCCAAAAAUUACAACUAGUUUAUUAAACCAUCUUUCUGAUGGAAUCAAACUUUAUAGCACAUCUCUUGCUCUUUUCACACGUGGAUGGUAUAUCAAUGCAAUUGGAGGAAAAGGAAGUGAUUCAACAAUGAAUAAUAGAAAGUUGGUAGAGACAAAUUAUGGGGACAAUGUAACGGUGACAAAAAAAGUGAUUGUUAAUCCUAAUGGAUCUGGACAUUUCAUUACUAUAAAUGAUGCUGUGAAUGCUGCACCUAACAAAACAGGUACCAACAAUGGGUACUAUGUGAUUUAUGUUGUUGCAGGGAUUUAUAAUGAGUAUGUGUUUAUUGCUAAGAACAAAGAGAAUCUGAUGAUCGUUGGAGAUGGAAUCAAUCGGACUGUGAUCACUGGUAGUCGUAGUGUGCUUGAUGGUUGGACCACUUUUCAGUCUGCAACUUUUGCUGUAAUUGGAAAAGGAUUUGUUGCAAUGAACAUAACAUUUCGAAAUACCGCGGGACCCAACAAACAUCAAGCAGUUGCGGUAAGAAACGGAGCUGACAUGUCUGUUUUCUACAAUUGUAGCUUCGAAGGUUACCAAGACACACUAUAUGCACAUUCCCUUCGACAAUUCUACAAAAAAUGUGACAUUUAUGGUACAGUUGAUUUCAUAUUUGGCAAUGCAGCAGCAAUAUUCCAAGAUUGUAACAUGUAUCCAAGACUCCCCAUGCAAAAUCAAUUCAAUGCAAUAACAGCACAAGGAAGAACAGAUCCUAAUCAAAACACAGGGUUCUCUAUAUGGAAUUGUUGCAUUGUAGCAGCUAGUGAAUUAGGUGAUGCAAUUAAUAAUUAUAAUUAUAUAAAAACAUAUUUGGGUAGGCCUUGGAAGGAGUAUUCAAGGACAAUUUAUAUGAAAUCUUUUAUGGAUGGUUUAAUUGAUCCAAAGGGUUGGAUGGAAUGGUCAGGGGAAUUUGCAUUAAGGACUCUGUAUUAUUCAGAGUAUGGUAAUUGGGGAAAAGGUUCAAACACUAGUAAUAGGGUCACAUGGGAAGGGUACCAUUUAAUUGAUGAAAAAGAUGCUGAUGAAUUCACGGUUUAUAAAUUUAUACAAGGUCACAACUGGUUGCCUGUCACAGGGGUGCCUUUCAGAGCUGGGUUACACUGAUUUUUAUUUUUCAUUCAUAAUUGUUGGAAUUUAAGUGUGGGAGUAAUUAAUAUUACAUACAUAUAAACUAAA